AUGGUGAAAAGUCGAUUGGUGAACAGGAACACAUUUGCCAUUUAUUUUGUUAUGAAAAGAAAGAACCAUGGGAAAAUUGUGUCCCAAUCGCAACUUAAAUAUCUGAACCAUUUGAGAAAAUUUACAACAGGAGAAAGAGCUAUCACCCUUGAUUGUAGUGCCAAUAACAUUGCGUCUGUAAAGAACCCGAAGACGUAUGAACUCAGUACCAACACUUGGAUUCGAAAACAAAAAUCAAGCAUUGUUGAAAAGGAUUCAUCAUCUGGAGAAGCAGCCUCUGGAGAAACAACCUCUGGAGGGGUGAUACUAAAACUGUUCAAAAACCACAUAAGCUUAGACAAUCGAAUAAACAGCAAGAAAGUGUUUUCAGCUUACACAAAAAGUUACAUAGAUAAAGAAAGUGAACAGACAUUAAUCCUAUGCUUAAGAAAGUUAAACGAAUUUGAAAAGAAUAAAGAAAAUGUAAAAUUGUCAUACUACAUAUAUGAAUUACAAAAUUUAAGAAAAUCUAAACUAUCGUAUAAUAUAUUAAAACAGAUAAAGUUAAUUAAUAAUUUAUUUAAUCAUAUUAAUGAAAAUAUCGAAAGUGCUUCAGCAUCUCCAUCAAUGCUUCUUUCAGUGGCCAUGAGCUACAAAAAUAUACGUAUGAACAAGUACACAUAUUUUAAAAAUGUUUUACGCACUAUAUGUAACAAUAUAAAAGUAUAUAAAAAGAAUAAGUUAAGUAAACUACUCUUCUCAGGUGAAGAAAGAAAAAAAGAACAAUGGGAGGAUAACAAUUACAAACACACGAUUGAAAUUAUAAAAAGUGCAACAAAACAUAGUAAGAGUGCUAAUCGUGUAAAUGUCCUCAAUGUUUACACAAAUCUUCUGAACAAUAGUGUAUUGACUUAUGUUCUAUAUGCAUACUCAACCUUAUUUUCGAAUCCAAAUAUAUACACUUUGUAUAUAUGCAAAUAUAUUCUUUUCAAUGCAACUAGUAUGAAUCAUUUGGACAUGUUAUGCAUAUUGCACUUUUUGAAAAAGAUGAAUGUAAAAAUUAGGAAAAGUGACAUUAUAACGUGUCAUAAAAAAGAAUCAGCAGUAGUCGAUGGUGAGUUGCCAAAAUGGGAUCAAAUGGGACAGAAACUAGAUGCACAGAUAAAAAAAAAGGAGAGAGAAAAAAAGAAUUGUAAUAAUAAGUCUUCUUCUCCUAUGAGGAAUACCCAUUCUUUUACAUAUGACGAUCCAUGUGUUAGUGAUGGGGACACCACCAAUUUUGUCGUACACAACCAUUCAGAUCGGUUAAGAAGUAAAAACAGUGAUGAUCCGUUUAAUGAAUACAGGAUAACGUAUCUGAAACUAUUGAGAUGUAUAAUUCAUUUGAUAAAAAAAAGAAAAGUAUAUUUUUUCGAAAAACCUAAUAUUUUAAUUAUGAUUUUGUACUAUUUUUAUAAAAUGAAUUUAAUACCUAUAGAAAUAUUUUACAAAUUACACAAUAACAUAAAAAAAAAUAUAAAAAAUUUCGAGAUUAAGUAUGUGUGUUUAUACUUAUAUAUCCUCAGCAAAAUCCAGUUUCAUAUUGGUUACUACAAAUUCAUAUACAAAUUUUUGACAAAUGUUUUUCAGCAUAAAGAACGAGAGUUUCAACUUUUGUCUGUAUGCAUGUCUUUUUAUUCUCUCUCGAAGAAUGAGUACUAUUAUGAACCCUUCGUGUCCCUUUGUUUUGACAUUUUCAAAUGGAAUGCUCACCAGUUAAACGAUGUAAACAUAACAAAUGUGAUAUACACUAUGGGGAAACUGAAAAUAAGAGACGACAUAGUUCUUGAUAAACUGUGCAAUGUUGUAAGCCAAAGGAUAGAGAACAUUUCAGCUAUAAAUUUAAGUUUAAUAGUAUAUAACUUGGCAAAGGUUAAUUAUGAUAAUGAAGAAUUUUAUGCAUUAUGUUUAGAGAAAGGAAAAGAAUUAUUACCUGCCUUUACAUCAAAACAGCUAGUUAUAUUUACAUAUGGAUUAAUUUUAAAGAAAAUAUUUAAUUAUGAAUACAUGGAAUUAUUUUUUAAUCAAUUCAUAAAAAUAAAUGACAAAUGUAAUAAGAAAAAGAAACAAAUAUUGAGUACCAUAUGUUAUAGCAUAACUUUGGAGAAACCAGACUUUUUGAAAAAAUUCCCUCUUUCUGUUAAUGUGUUCUUAUCAAAAAAUAUUGAUUAUGUGCAAGAUAAAAAAUAUAGCAAAAUACACGAAGAAAUGGUAUCUAUCCUUAACAAUUUACAUGUAUGUCGAUUUGAAAUUUUGAAGAAAAAAAAGCCAUACAUAUUUGACCUAUGUAUCAGUGUUGGCCUUAGUAACACCACCACCAGUAAGCAGAUGGAUGAAAACAUUUAUGUUGACUUUCUCUCUCGUAAAAAAUUCUUGCGUAAUUCUCAAAAUCUGAAUGGGUUUCAGGAAAUAAAGAAAAGACACAUGGAUUUGUUGAAAGUGAAAUAUUUUUAUUUUGAUAAAGAUUUGUACAUGAGUCUGGGUUCAGUUACACAAAAGGAGAAGUUCAUAGAAAAUUUUCUAAAACGGGUAUGUUCUCAUAAAUUUAACAAGAUGGAUGAGACAAUCAAAUGGAAAAAGGACAAAAUAGUGAAUUUUCUUUUCUUUAGCAAAUCUUUGAAUGGUUCUGUGCAGGAGGGAGAUAUCACGAGUUUGGCCAGUUACCCACUCGGACCCAACAAAAAUGAGAAGGAAGAAAUGGAAAUAAGCACUCGCGCCUCUGCUGAGAUGUGCAGUCGUGCCAUAAAAAAUAGGGACUAUUACAUCUUCCCAUCCUGCUCAAAAAUCGAAAAUGUAAAAAAAAAUUUUUAUAAAAACCAACCUGGUCGAGUGGAUUAUGAGCAGCCUCUAAUAAAAAGACAACAAAUAUUUGUUGAUAUUGAUAAUGAAACAUUACUCAAUCGUAAUAAUAAUAACAUGGACCCAUUAAAGAAUUUAACAGAUAACGUAACUGCACAAGACUGGGAUAGUAAUAACAAUUACAAUUCUGCUAAUUACAAUUCUGUUAAUUACAAUGCACUUUUAAAAAAAAAAAAAAAUUUCUUAUUUGAAAAGAAGUGUCAUGGGUUAAGCAAAAGCGAAUAUUUUGAUGAAAAAACUGGAAAAAUUGUUAUUAUAAGGGCUCGUGGAGGGUUGACAUAUUAG